AUUAAAAAAUGAAAUGUCAUUGACCGAGUUAUCACACGUAGGGUUUCUUAUUGGAUUAUGUGGUGAAAAUUGGUUUUUGUGUUAAUUUCGUUAACUAAACAUAAUCUUUAAACAUCAAAAUGUGGUUGGACGAGGCGGACGGCUUUGCCGAGAUAUUUAAAGGCUAUUUGCCUUACUACCUUCUUGUUGCUUUGCCUAUUUUUAUCAUAAUGUCUCCGGUGAACCCAGUUGCGGCGUCUCAUGAGUUUUCUGUGUAUAGAAUGCAGCAAUAUGAUCUCCACACCGUACCCCAUGGAUGCCGUAGCGCCAGCUUCAACCUGGAAGGCCGUUCCCUCACGUCGUGGAGCACCUCGCGCCACUGCGUCGUCGCUCGCAUCCAGGAUAUCACCAUAGAACAGUUCCUUGAGAUCCGCAGUAAAGCUGGCGCUCUGCUGCUCGUUUUACCACAGAAUAGCACUCUGCUGACCCCUGAGGAAAAAGAGCACAUCCAACUCCUGGAGAUGGCGAUGACACAGCAAGAGCUGAACGCGCCAGUAUACUUUGCCAAGUGGACGCCUGAGUUUGAGGACAUUCUCCGUGACUUGCAGCACAGCUUCAUCACUGAUGACAGAUCUGGCACAGCUUUGGAGGCCAUGAUGAACACCGUCUCGUCUAAUGGAUAUCAAAUUGUGGUAUCAGCGUCUGCCCCGCAGAAGCUGGACUCGAAGCCGGUGACGCUGCACGGCAAGCUGGUCGGCCGGUCGGGCUCCGGCCAGACCAUCGUCAUCGUCGCACACUACGACUCGUCCGGACUUGUGCCCGAGUUGUCUCUGGGCGCGGACUCGAACGCGUCGGGCGCGGUGGCGGUGCUGGAGCUGGCGCGCGUGUUCUCGCGGCUGUACGGCGCCGCCGCCACCCGCGCCGCGCCCGACCUGCUGUUCGUGCUGACCUCCGCCGGACACCACCUCAACUACUUCGCCGCCAAAAAGUGGCUCGAGGAACAGCUGGAUUCCACUGAUGCUUCGUUGUUGCAGGACGUGUCGUUCGUCAUGUGCCUGGACUCUUUGGCUUCGUCUCCUUCUAUGACCAUGCACGUGUCGAAGCCGCCCAAGCCGGAGGGAGCGGCGCACUCCUUCAAAUCCCGGCUUGGCGUCCCCAUAAACCACAAGAAGAUCAACUUGGCGGACGAGCUACUGGCCUGGCAGCACGAGAGGUUCAGCAUACGCAGGAUGACUGCUUUUACCCUUAGCUCGCUGCAGAGCCACAAGUCUCCGGGCCGCAGCACGGUGCUGGACGUGUGGUCGGAGCAGUCCGCGCGGCUCGCGGCCGAUAAUAUCGCCGCCAUCGCCCGCGCACUCGCCUCGCACAUCUACAACCUCACCGACGAGAUCAACCACGAGGACAGGCAGAUGUACGACGAGGUUCUGAGUGUAGACGAGGCUUCAGUGAAGCAUUGGUUCAAUUAUUUGUCAUCGCAGCCGAGAGCGGCGCAAAUCAUCACGACUACUGCACCGAACGCGGGAGUGACGGGCGCUUUGGAGCGAGCGCUGUCCCGAUACAUGGACGUCACCGUGAGCGUCCACGCCGUGGACAAGAGGGAGCCCGAGUACACCCUCUACUCGCCGACCAGCGCUGUGUUAUACGUGUAUAGUGUGAAGCCAGCUGUGUUUGAUCUCAUCCUGACCCUCGCGAUUGUGGCGUAUCUCACCGUGGUGUACUUCGCGAUACAAGUGUUCCCGCGGUUCUACGACGAGUACGCCAAGAUCUUCACCGGGAAGGCCAAGGUUCAAUAAAUUAACGUGCACACUGUGCGGGGAAAUUCGGAAAUAUACUGAAAGUAUUUCUAUUGACUAUGGGGUUGGUAUUACAUAUAAGCGGGGGGGGGGGGGGGGUGACUAUAAAUAAAAGCGUGCGAAUAAGAGUAAAGAAUUACAUAUACUAAAAUAUUGCAAGAAACAAUAAGUAAAUUAUUUUUUCAACCAAGCGGGUGUGACGAUAUUAUAUGAUGAGUGAAAUAUUUAUAAGUUUCUUAUUCACCAGAAAAAAAUAUCUUAAUAGAUUCAUAAUCCAUAUUUUGAACAAAAAAUAGUUGUGCUCUAACGUCGGUUAUCUUUUUCCUGCCAAAAUAGAGAAGUUACCAAAAUAAACAAACAAAAAAAAGUAAAAGUCCAUUCCGAGAAUAAAUAUUUUUUGUAUUUUCGAAUUUCCUUCACAUAACGUAUUUUCAUAGUAGUUAUUGAACAACAUAAUAUAACUUAGACAUGUCCAAAUCAAAGAGGAAAUAUUGGAAUAUUUGUUUAAUAUACAGGCGGUUGUUAAUAUUUGAAAAUUAAGAAAUAGAUUUAUUACGAUUAAUAAUAAUCGUGAUUAAUGUCUAAACAAUUGUUAAUGUAGUUGAAAAGACAUCUUCGACGUAAUUUAGGUGAGUUCGAUCAAUUUUGAACACCCUGUAUAUAAAAACAUUUUUCAAUUUUUUUUAAAUCAAGUACUAAAUAAGAAUUUAGUGAUAAAAAUACAUUGGAAGCAAUAUUCCCAUUUUAUAAUCGUAAGGGUAUGAAAUUGUGAAAUUUUAUUAUUUAUUUAAUGAAAAAAAAAAACUGAGCGUUUUUGUUGAUAUUUCGUUUCUAAGUAUUAUUCAGUGAUCACAUGUUUAAUGUAUUUAUGAAUUAUUAUAUACAAACCUUCUUACACAUAUUCGUUUAAUAGAACAAUUCUAAAUCUUUAGAAAAAUAGUACUGAAUUUCGUCCUACCAUUUGGUCUUAAUGAAAAAAUAUAUACAUAUAAAUAUUUCAAAUUCACAAUUAAACGGUUAUGUGUGAAAAGCCUACUCGACUAAAGUUGCUCGCAUUAAUUUAGACCUGGGGUAAAAGUAAAAAAAACGAAAAACAAAAAAAAUACCCAAAUAGGAUUUAAACCACCCUAUUUAUUAAAAAAAAAAGACUUUACAGCAAAAAAGCAAAUUUUACAGCAACUUAGAGCCAAUUAAAACUUACCCCAAUAAUAAGAAGUAAAACUUUGUUAAUGUCAGCAAUUUUAAUGUUUGUAAAGAGAAAUCAUAUUAUGAUGUAGUUUUGUUGGCCGUCCUCACUCGAAGUUCCUUGAGAUAAUUUAUCGACAGUUACAUGUGCCCAAACACUGCAUUCUACUUGCUUAUUGGCGUUGUGGCCCCUUGUUAGAGGAUAAAUAAUAGCACAGUACAAUCCAGAAAUGAUCUAUUGUUUGCAUUGACGUAGCUUCAGAGUUAUAGGAGGGAUAGUUGGCGGGAAAAAAAGUCAAAAGGCCUGAACCACGCGUGGUGUAAGCAGAGUUUUUUUACUGUCAAACUAAUAUCAACAUUGUAUUAAUUGAAAUAAUAUUCUAAAUCCAUUAACAGAAGAAUAAAUUGCAUUACAUUUUGUUAAUUGAUUUUGAAUAUUAUGUCGAUGAAAUUAAUGUCGAUAUUACUUUGACAGAAAAAAUCUCUUCCUUACGCUCUGUCAUAUCUAUGUCAGCCCAUAAUCGAUAUCGAAUCGCCAUCGAUUUAGUAGUUAAUAUGGAACGUCCCUAUUUCGAAUGUGUAAAUGUCAUUUUCCUCAAUCAAGUGGCCAGAAAGCCGUUAUACCAAACACAUAGGGAUAAAAAAUGUAAGUUAUGUACUGCGCUUGUUGUGUUUUUCCAUUUGAUUUAGUUUAAAAACAGAUUUAAUGUACAUAGGUUUAUGGUGCAUUUUAAAAUGAUGGAAGUGGAUGUUAUUCUAAGAUAUAUUUUUUUAGUUACCUGUGUGGACAAACUUGUUUUUGCUUUUAAAAGUAAUAAAGUUCGAAAUUGAUUUUUUUUAAUACUUCGAUUUUUUUUUAUUGACCAAACAAUAUCAAAAGGUAAAAGAAAAUUUAUAAACUUUGAAUAGUAAAUAUUCUUUCUAAAAUCGAUAAUUAUUUUACUUCAAAGCAUUUCAGAUUCUAUCUCUGCGGUAUAAAGUAUUUUACCCUCUGGCUUUGUUAGCCAGUGUCAACAAGUUUGUCCAAGUCAGUAGUUGUUCUGAACAAAGCAUUAGUACUUGAGUUCGGUGUAAGCAUAAAUGGUGAACUUUGCAUGGAAUUGAUAAUAAAAUUUUGUUUUUAA